AUGCUCGCGCGCGUGUUCCGGCGCUCCGCGGCGCCGACGCGCGCCGCGAGGCAGUACCGCGCGCUCGUCAAGCGCGACGGCGCCCCCGCGGCCAUCGAGACCUUCGAGGACGUCGUCGAGUCUCCGAGCCAGCCCAUCGCCGACAGCAACGUGACCGUGCGCGUGUCCCACAGCUGCCUCAACUACAAGGACGGCCUCGUCGUCUGCGGCCGGCCCGGCGUCGCCCAGUUCCCCGUCGUGCCGGGCAUCAAUUUGGCGGGCGAGGUCGCGUUCGACGUGCCGUUCGGGCCCCCGCGGGGCACGCGCGUCGUCUGCGUCAACGACCACCUGGGCCAGCGCUGCGACGGCGGCUACGCCGAGUUCGCGCGCCUCCCGACGCAGUGGCUCACGGCGCUGCCGGACUCCAUGGACAACCACACGGCGAUGGCCAUGGGCACGGCCGGUUUCACAGCGAUGCAGUGCGUGCUCCACCUGGAGCGGUCGGGCGCGCUGGACGCGCCGGACGCGACGGUGCUCGUGACGGGCGCCGCCGGCGGCGUCGGGUCGCUGGCCGUCGCCAUCCUCUCGGACCUCGGGCACAAUGUGGUCGCGUCGUCGUCGCGGCACGAGGAGGAGGAGGCCUACCUCCGCGCGCUCGGCGCGGCGCACGUCAUCGGGCGCCUCGACGCGCCGGCGAAGCCCAUGGAGCGCGCGGACUUUGACGCGGCCGUCGACACGGCCGGCGGCGACGUGCUCGCGGCGGUUUUGGCGAAGCUCAAGCCCCGGGGGGCGGUGGCAGCGUGCGGCAACGCGGCCGGGGCCUCCUUCGAGACGACGGUCUUCCCCUUCAUCCUCCGCGGCGCGCGCCUCCUCGGCGUCGACAGCGUCAACAGCCCGCCCGAGGAGCGCGACGAGGUCUGGACGCGGCUGGACCGCGACCUCGACCGCGGCAAGCUCGCCGCCACGGUGACCACGGUGCCGCUCACGGACGUCCCCGCGCGCGCCGAGGACAUCCUCGCGGGCAAGGUGCGCGGGCGCGUCGUCGUCGACGUGACCGCCUAA